AGGUUCGCGAAGGCCGCACGGGGGCCGUUCUAUGGCGACCGGGGCGAGCGCGGCCCAGCCCGGCCCCGCUCCCGGUCCCGCCGCCCCCCGCGCCCCCAUGGCCGCCGCCGCUUUCCCUUUCGCGGCGCUGCCGCCUCCGCCGCCUCCUCCUCCGCCUCCUCCGCCACCUCCGCAGCCGCAACCGCCGGCGCAGCCGCCACCGCCGCCACCUCCGCCUGCGCAGGCCCCGGGCGGCCCCGCGGCUCCGCAACCUCCGGGCGGCCCCGCGGCCCCUCAGCCGCCUCCCGCCGCUCCCUACGGGCAGUUCCGCUUCCCUUCGCCGCCGCCCGGCCAUGAUCCUCCCGCUGCUCCCGCGGGGGCUCCGCCGGCCGCCCCCGCCGCCCCCCCCCAGCCCGCGGGGGCUCCGCAGCAGCCGCGGCCCGAGGAGGGCGCGGGGGGCGCGGGCGCCGGGUCCGGAGAUGCGGGAGGACGGGCGGGAGCCGCGCACAAGCCCCGGAGGGCAGAUUUCCCUCGGAAGCGGAAGCGCAGCCGCUGGAACCAGGACUCGCUGGAACAGAAGACGGUGAUCCCGGGGAUGCCCACGGUGAUCCCGCCCGGGCUGACGCGCGAGCAGGAGCGCGCCUACAUCGUGCAACUGCAGAUCGAAGACCUGACCCGCAAACUGCGCACGGGAGACCUGGGCAUCCCCCCUAACCCCGAGGACAGGUCCCCCUCCCCGGAGCCCAUCUACAACAGCGAGGGGAAGCGCCUGAACACGCGGGAGUUCCGCACGCGCAAAAAGCUGGAGGAGGAGAGGCACAACCUCAUCACCGAGAUGGUGGCCCUGAACCCCGACUUCAAGCCCCCAGCUGACUACAAGCCACCGGCGACGCGGGUCAGUGACAAGGUGAUGAUCCCGCAGGAUGAGUACCCCGAGAUCAACUUCGUGGGGCUCCUCAUCGGGCCCAGGGGGAACACCCUGAAGAACAUCGAGAAGGAAUGCAACGCCAAGAUCAUGAUCAGAGGCAAGGGCUCGGUGAAGGAGGGCAAGGUGGGCCGCAAGGACGGGCAAAUGCUGCCGGGCGAGGACGAGCCCCUGCACGCCCUCGUCACUGCCAACACCAUGGAGAACGUCAAGAAAGCCGUGGAGCAGAUCAGGAACAUCCUGAAGCAGGGCAUCGAGACCCCCGAGGACCAGAACGAUCUGCGCAAGAUGCAGCUGAGGGAGCUGGCACGGCUCAACGGGACCCUGCGGGAGGAUGACAACAGGAUCCUGAGGCCGUGGCAGAGCACGGAGACUCGCAGCAUCACCAACACCACGGUGUGCACCAAGUGCGGCGGGGCCGGGCACAUCGCUUCCGACUGCAAGUUUGCCAGGCCUGGGGACCCACAGUCUGCACAGGACAAGGCUCGGAUGGACAAGGAGUACCUGUCCCUGAUGGCUGAGCUGGGAGAGGCCCCGGUGUCCGUGAGCUCCAACGCUGCCCACAACAACAGCCCCUUGUCCAGCAGCCACCGUGCAGCCAGCCAGGCUGGGGGACAGCCCCCCCCGAGCCGCCCCCCCUGGAUGAGCUCAGCACCCUCAGAGAACCGCCCCUACCACGGGGGGCUACACGGGGGGCCGGGGGGGCCAGGGGGUCCCCACAGCUUCCCCCACCCCAUGGCUGGCAUGGGUGGGGGGCACGGGGGGCACCCCCUGCAGCACACCCCAAACGGGCCCCCCCCGUGGAUGCAGCCCCAUCACCCCCCCAUGGGGGGGGGGCCGCACCCCCCGGGGCACCCCGGCCCCCACCACAUGGAUCAGUACCUGGGAAAUGCGCCGGUGGGCUCUGGGGUCUAUCGCCUGCACCAGGGAAAAGGUGAGACCACCUCCCCAAAAUUCCCUCACACCCCCUCAAGUUCCCCCUCCCCGGGUAUGAUCCCCGUGUCCCUGAUCCCCCAAUUUCCCCCUCCCCAGGUAUGAUC